UUUCCUGUUCUGAAUUAACUUUUCAAAAUCUUUGGACUUUUAAGCAAAAUUCUUCUAAAAAAUAAAAUUUAGGGAUUUCGGGAGGAAAAGGACCUCAGAAAUUAUCCGCAAAGCUAAAAUUGCAAAAGAGAUGGAUAAAUUUCCAAGAAGCAUCAGCCAAGGAAGUCAGAUCAGGAAAAAGGAUUCCCUAGAAAUUUUGUCACUGAAUAAGAAAAGAAAAUAAUUUGAUCAAUAAGCUUCCUCCGAUGGCAAACAAGCCUAAACUUGUCAUUCAAGAUCAGAGUAAAGAGUAUGAGAACUUUCUAAAAGCAGAUCCUAAGAGACAAAUUAGUGCGAAGGAAGGGAUGACCCGAGAUAAAGCUCCUAUCCCUUUACAUCCAAACUCUCCAAACAGGAGGCAAAGAUUGAUCCUAAAUUGCCCAAAAUACCCAUCUGCUGAUUCUCACUCAGCUAAAUUUUUCAAUCUCAAAAGAGAGCAUUUCUUGCAAAAUGCUGGGUUUUCUUCAACACUGAAGCCUCAAAUAAAUGAUGAGACACUUCAUGAUCUCAAAAAUGCUGAGCAUGGGACUCAACGGAAAGGAUAUAGCCAGGAAAGAGCAACUCUUGACAUCUUAAAUUCAAAUAAUGCUGCAAGUACGAAAAAGUCUAAGAAGAAGAGGAUAGUCAUCAGAAAAUAAGCAGCCUCUGUAUAAAAAUCGCCUCUCAAAUCUGUCUCAGAAGAGUAGUGAGACAGGCAGCAAGAUUUUCUCAAGAUUUGAAGACAAAGUUCCAUUCUCAUGGAAUCAAGGAGACUCACAACUGAACCCGAACCAGUCUUCCACUGAUGGGUCAUCGAAGUUCAUAUUUGGAUCCCCAGUAAUCAAUAAGGAUGAGCUGUUAGCACCGAAUAAGAGCAGUUUCAGUAAAUCGAACAAUAUGACAAAAGUCCUUACUGAUGAUACGAAAGAGGAACGAAUAGGUCCUAUUCGACUAGAAGACUCAGACCUCAGAGAUCUCUCAGGUAAAGAUAUUGAGCAAUAUCUCUUCAAUCAGAGCUCAUCAGAGGACCAAAUUUCUCUGCUAGAUAAUGCUAGGGUUGAAAUUGAAAAUGGGAAGGAGGAAGAACUGUUAGAAGACAUUAACUCAUUUAUGCUUUCUGAAAUUUCCUUUGAAGAGAAAGAACCUGAGCCUGAAAAAUUGCUAAAUGCCGAUUUCUUGGAGUCUCAGCCACCAGCAUCAGUUACUCCGAGUGCUACCAAGAAAAAGAUAGAUAUCGGACUAGUUCGAAUAAAAAGUAAGAAGAAAUAAAACUGAAAAUAAAGAAAUCGAAAAUAAUUUUUAAGAGAUAAUAAUGUCAAU